CGUCCCUCUCGGGGUCGGCGCUGACCAUGCCCAGCGGAUGCCGCUGCCUACGUCUCGUGUGCCUGUUGUGCAUCCUGGGGGCACCGGGUCAGCCUGCCCGAGCCGAUGACUGCAGCUCUCACUGUGACCUGGCUCACGGCUGCUGCGCGCCGGACGGUUCCUGCAGGUGUGACCCGGGCUGGGAGGGGCUGCACUGUGAGCGCUGCGUGAGGAUGCCUGGCUGCCAGCACGGGACCUGCCACCAGCCCUGGCAGUGCAUCUGCCACAGCGGCUGGGCGGGCAAGUUCUGCGACAAAGAUGAGCAUGUCUGUACCACGCAGUCCCCCUGCCGGAACGGAGGCCAGUGUGUGUAUGACGGGGGCGGGGAGUACCACUGUGUGUGCCCGCCAGGCUUCCACGGGCGUGACUGUGAGCGCAAGGCUGGGCCCUGUGAGCAGGCAGGCUCCCCGUGUCGGAACGGCGGGCAGUGCCAAGACGACCGGGGCUUCGCUCUCAACUUCACCUGCCGCUGCCUAGCGGGCUUUGUGGGUGCCCGCUGUGAGCUGAACGUGGACGACUGCCUGAUGCGGCCUUGUGCUAAUGGUGCCACCUGCCUGGACGGCAUCAACCGCUUCUCCUGCCUCUGCCCCGAGGGCUUUGCUGGACGCUUCUGCACCAUCAACCUGGACGACUGUGCCAGCCACCCCUGCCAGAGAGGGGCCCGCUGCCGGGACCGCGUGCACGACUUCGACUGUCUCUGCCCCAGCGGCUACGGUGGCAAGACCUGUGAGCUUGUCCUACCUGUCGCAGAGCCCCCCACCACAGCGGGCACCCCUCUAGGGCCCAGCUCGGCAGCGGUGGCACCGGUCACGGGGCCAGCCCCCCGCAGCGCAGGCGCCGGGCUGCUGCGGAUCUCAGUGAAGGAGGUGGUGCGGCGGCAGGACGCUGGCCUGGGGGAGUCCAGUCUGGUGGCGCUGGUGGUGUUUGGGGCCCUCACUGCUGCCCUGGUCCUGGCCACCAUGCUGCUGACCCUGAGGGCCUGGCGCCGGGGUGUGUGCCCCCCGGGACCCUGUUGCCACCCUGCCCCGCACUACGCCCCGGCGUGCCAGGACCAGGAGUGUCAGGUUAGCAUGCUGCCCACAGUGCUCCCCCCGGCGCCUGAGCUGCCCCCUGAGCCUGGAAAGACCACAGCACUGUGAUGGAGGCGGGGGCUUCCCGGCCCCCUUCCUCACCUCACCUCCUCCGCCCCUCAGCUCCCAUACACAUGCUUAGGGGACUUCAGCCUCACACCAGAAAUAUUAUUUUUUUAAUACACAGAAUGUAAGAUGGGAAUUUUAUCAAAUAAAAAUAUGA